AUGGUCCUCGAACAAGAAGGCACCUUUACCGUCUCGGGAGCAGAGCUCUACACCAAGUCAUGGCUUCCCGAUGGACCCAUCAAAGCCAGGCUAGUCUUCAUCCACGGCUUCUCAGACCACAUCAACCGCUACCCAGCCUUCUUCUCCCACCUCGCCUCCAAAGGAAUCGCUGUGUACGGCUUUGACCAGCGAGGAUGGGGCCGGUCAGUCAAGAAACCUGCCGAAAGGGGUCUCACGGGCCCAACAGCGCAAGUUCUCUCAGACAUUGCUGCCUUCCUCUCACAGCCCCAUCUUCUCGGCACACCCGGGAGCCAAGAACCGGUCUUCGUAAUGGGACACAGCAUGGGUGGAGGACAAGUUCUCACCUUUGCUGCUGACCCAAAGUAUGAGUCCUUGGUGGAGAAGGUUCGGGGUCUCCUCCUUGAAGCACCGUUUAUCGGGUUCUCGCCAGAGGAAAGACCGUCUCGGUUGAAGAUUACAGUUGGAAGACUGGCGGGGAGGUUGAUGCCGCACUUUCAGCUUGCGCACAAGAUUGCUGUCGAGCAUCUGACGAGGGAUCAACAUGUGCAAGUGAGUAUCAAGGAGGAUGAGCUGAUGCAUGAUACGGGCACGCUGGAGGGUUUUGCCGGGUUGUUGGACAGGACGAAUGAUUUGCAGCAGGGGAGGACGAAGCUGGGGAAGGAGGGGGUGGUGAAGAGCUUGUGGGUUGGGCAUGGGACGGCGGAUAAGACGACCUGGUUUGAGGCUACGAAGCAGUGGUUUGAGGGGUGUGCGGGUGGGGUGAAGGAUAGGACGCUGAGGGCGUAUGAGGGGUGGUAUCAUCAGCUGCAUUGUGAUGGGGAGUGUAGUGGCGAGUUUUUUGAGGAUGUCGCUGGUUGGAUAUUGGAACGGGCUGGGGGAGGGGAGGAGGUGUUGAAGAAGGCUGGGGAGACACCGAAGGCUCAGCAAACACAGGAGGCUGUGGUGCCCGUUGAGGCGGAGGGGAGCCAGAAGACGGAGGCCAAGCUUUGA